AUGAAGAAAAAGAAGGCGGCUAUUAGUGCCGCAAAGGACGCUGGGACGGUUGUUAGGUCUGGCCAAGAACCGUCUGCAACCGGUAGGAGAAUCACUCCUGCCCCUCCACCACUUCCUCCGCCACCAGCACCUGCCACAACCACCGAGGCAUGGUCGCAGGUGGUUGGAAGGAAGGCGAGAAGGAUAGCCCGACAGGCCGCUGUCUCUGCUGCAGCAGUACAGCCAAAGCCUCCUGCUGAUCGGCCAACAUCGGCUGUACAAAAACGGCCCACAGUAAGGCGCCCUCCUAGGCCACCUAAGACCGCUGCGGUGACCAUCACGGUGGCACCGGGUGGCCCAAAGUCCUACGCGGACGUUAUGAGGGAGGCGAAAGAAAAGGUUCCGCUUGCGGAAGGAGGUUCCCGGGGAGGGUGGUGCGGCUAA